CAGGCGGACGAGGCGAGCGUCCGCGCUGGCACGUGCAGUUUCCACGUGAAGUACCUUGGAUGUGUCGAGGUAUUUGAAUCCCGGGGUAUGCAAGUUUGUGAAGAAGCGCUCAAAGUACUGAGGAAUUCCCGCCGGCGCCCUGUGAAAGCAGUUCUCUAUGUUUCUGGUGAUGGUUUGCGUGUAGUUGAAGAUGAAACAAAGGGGCUUAUUGUUGAUCAAACGAUUGAGAAAGUUUCAUUUUGUGCACCGGAUCGUAAUCACGAGAAGGGAUUUUCAUACAUCUGUCGUGAUGGAACCACAAGGCGUUGGAUGUGUCAUGGAUUUCUGGCAUUAAAGGAAUCGGGUGAACGAUUAAGUCAUGCUGUUGGAUGUGCAUUUGCUGCUUGCUUGGAACGUAAGCAAAAACGUGACAAAGAAUGUGGAGUCACCAUGACUUUUGAUACUAAAAAUUCAACAUUUACUCGAACAGGAAGUUUCCGUCAAACUUCCAUAACAGAACGUCUCCAAGAUCCACAAGAGUUAAAACCAUCAGCUGAUGGAAAUGGUCGUGUUGCAGAACCACCCGCAGUCAAACCUGUUGUGAACCCAUAUGCCAUAGAGCGCCCGCAUGCCACUGCUUCCAUGCUUCAGCGCCAGGGUUCCUUCCGCGGUUUCCAGCAGCUGAACCAGGCUUCUCCUUUCAAAAGACAGAUGUCACUGAGAAUUAGUGAGCUCCCCUCCACUCUAGAACGGCAGCGUUCUUUGAGUCUUGAGGGAAGUGACUUCCGGCUGCCUCCCGUCCACAUGAAGCCUCCAGUCUUCAUGUUUGAUGUAACUGCUAAAGCUGUUAAUGGCUGUGAAGAUUUGUGGAAAACACAAGGUAGCAAGCAGUCAGUUGGGAAUGUGGUGCUGUUGGUAGCUUGUAGUGGCUGUUGUCUUGCAGACAGUCCCCAGCCCUGUGGUCGUGGUCCAAGGAAUCGCCUCCAGUCGCUUCCUAACAAUUUUGCAGUCUUCAACAUGAGCCCUAUUCCAGAAGCAUCUCCGAUGAGUGAUAAAGGAGAUUCCGUGAGUGCCAUGUGUCAGCAAUUAGCGCAGGGACUGUCAUUGCUGUCUUCCAGUGAUGACUUUUUGCCUCCAACUCCAGCUACAUCUCAGAUUACUUCUACUGCAGUAGCUCUACCAUCGAAACAGUUAUUCCCUCUCACUAAUGCCAUUUCAGCACCCCCAUCCAAUGACGUGUGCUUGGAACCUCUGGCAUCACUAGGGAAUAGCAACUCUUCGAACAUCAGCAAUGUUAGCACAGCUAGCAUAAACUCUUCCAGCAUCAAUAUAACUAGCAUGAAUGUGAGCAGUUUAAACAGCAGCAUUACUACAAACUUGAACAACAGCAUUCUGAACACAAGCACUCUCAGUGGUGUAACUGGUGGAGGUCAGUGGGCUGGAAGCAACAUGCCUACGUCUCCUCCUACAACUGCUGUUUCCUGGGGUUCGCCAGCUCUGCCCUCCCGAGCAGCACACAUACCAGCCCAAGCCCCUAGCCCCAAUCCCACAGGCUUGGUAGGGGGAGUUACUCCAGUUGUGGUGAACAGCGAGUUGCCACGACCUGAUCAGUGGUUGGGCAGUGUGGUGAAUUCAACUGUCGGAUCAUCAUCUCCCUCACCUUCUCCACGUCGAGCUCCACCUUUAUCGCAGCAUCUGCGUGCUCACUCUCUCAGCUCAGCUGAACCUUUUCUCUCUCACCACAAUGCUAAUGGCCAGCCUGUGACUGGCCAUGAUCCAUUUGAUGCAGAAUGGGCUGCAAUUGCAGCUCGUAACCACCAACAAAGUCACCCAGCUCCUCCAGUUUCAGUCAAGAGCACGAAUCCAUUUAUUUCAACUUCAGUCAAGGCAUUUGAGGUGCAUAUGUAAACGAGAAGCCUGUUGUCAGUGCUUCAAAAUUGCAUAUUUUAAUAAAAAGUUUUUAUGUAGAUAAAUGACUGAUGUUAUAAAAAUGCUGAAGUAAAAUGUGCAAGUUCACUUGGUAAAUGAAAUACAGAAUACAUUUGUAGAGGAACUCUAAGAUCAUUGGCUAUUGAUUCUAGGAAAGAGAUUGAGAAAAAUCCUAUUUAAUUCUCAUCUUUUACUAUGUGCUAGUGGUAAUAGCAGUUUAGUGUCUUUUAGUGAUGUAAAGUUAUUCUUGUGCUCUGCUACAUUGGUGUUCUAAAAUUUUGUUGCUUGGAGGCAUAUGAUGGUAUACGUUUCUCAUGCCUUUAUGCUUGACUAGGUGAACUUGCAUAUAUUUCUGCAUUGUGUCCUAUGAAUAUGUUUAUGUAUUAUUUUUUAUAAUACAGAAAAUGUUGAUAUUAAUGUAUCUUGCAUUAGUCUUGGCAGAGAGGGGAUAUAGAAUAUGUGCAAUGAAUUCUGAGGAAGAUAUGUAUUUAAAUCAGGCUACUUCUUUCCUCUUUUUAUGACAUAAUGUGAUGAACUAAGAAUACCACGAAGAGAAGAUGCAGUUUCGCUGUGAAAGGCCGAACAUACAAGUCUUUGUUAUGUCUUUUAAUUCUGUGUUCUUUAACUUUCUUUCUUACUCUGUUCAUAAUCUCAUGAGAAUAUUGUUGGACAUGAGAUGAAUUCAGAUGUUUCUCAUACAGAAUUAUUAAUAAAUAUUGAAGAACCUACUUCAAGUUGUUAUUUUUCACUCCAGAGUGAUUGCUUGACAUUUACUUGAAAACUGGUAUUUUUUUGAUGUCAGUCUAAAGAAUUAUGACAACUGUUAUGACAAAUGACAUAAUAACCAUUAUUUACAAUUUAAGACUAAACCAUAUUUGAAAUAAAACAAACUUCAUUAUUACAAAUGUAACAUAGUAAUGUUAAGAACAAUGCACUACUGUAGUUCAAAUAUGGAAACUAGCAUGUCUAACAUCAGAAUUGUGCCUCAUUGUGAUGAAUACAUCUCAGACGAAUACAUUUUAUGCCUCAAGUUUCAAGUAAAAUCAGUCAAUUAUUCUGUAGUGACAUAUUAUAGACUAAGGUCCCAGACUAGGUCUUAUUUGAAGUAAAUAAUUACAAAAAGGAAAUAUUAAAAUUCAUUUGAAUAACAGUUGUUAAAACAAUUUUGGUGCAAUUUUCAUUGUUUGGAUUUGAUGACAAACCUUGUUUUUAAUGAAGGUGCUGACGUAGUGAUACGAGUGAGUGUAUAUAAAUAUAUAUGUAUAUAAGGAAAUGUUGUCCCAAGAAUCUCUGAUCUCAUAUAAUGUACAUAAUUGCAUGGAAUGUAUUGGUUAUUUGAAUGAUGCUUGUGAAUUUUAUUGGCUGAAUGCAAAUAUGUACGGGCUUGUGUAAAUAGUUGUACAUAUGAAGGUAUGUACUGAAGCAUGUACAAUUGUAUGUGUGAAAAUAUGUACAUAUGUUGAGAAUGCUUGGUGGAUAUAGAACAACAGCUUUGUUUUUAGAUUAUGCUAGGGGUUUAGUUAUUUUUAGAUAAUUAAAUGAUAUUGAUAAAUUAAUCAUAAAACAUACAUUUUACAAAAUCUUCAACUAUAUAAUUAUAUUCCAUCACAAGUACAUUAAUCUUAACGUUGUAAAUAAGGAAGUUUCGUAGGACAAGCACCCUUGAUUGGUGAUGUAUUUCACACUUACACCAUUGACAUCCCCAUAUGAAAACCUUUUAUUCAUUGUUGUUCAUGAUUGUAUAGAAAGAAUUUUUCUUUUCUUUCUUCUUUUGAUUUUUUUUUUCUUUCUUUCUUUUCUUUUUUUCUCCAUUAAAUAAAGUCAUUAAAUAAGAAAUCUUCUAGGUUAAAAGUUAAGUUCAGUACUAAUUUUGAAAAAUUAUUAAUUAUUUGAAAAUAAUUAUAUAAUUAAAACAUUCUUGUGGCUCACUCAGUUUAAAUAAUUUAUUUAGAAUGUGGGCUUUAAAGUGGAAAAAUUUAACUAGCUCGUUUAAAUAUGCAUUCACCUUAUAUGUAAUGAAUUACAUCUGUAUUUUGUGUAUUCAUCACAUAUUAUCUAAUAUUAACUCACCGAAUUUAUUGUUUAAUUGAGGGGGGAAAUCAUUUUAUUUUUUCAAGCAUGAGCCUGUAAUACCAAUUCAAGCAUAUGUUAUUUUUUUAAUAAAUGUGUAGGGGAAAAUGAAAUAAACUGUAUUGAACAAACUUUAUAUUUUUAUGUCUGUUAGGAGUAACUCUUACAGCCAGUUAAGGACUACUUUAUAGAUUUGUACAGUACAGCCAAAUUGUGAUUUCAUUGUUUGGGCGUACCUGUUGCAGCUCUUAGUGUGUUUUUAAAUUUUAAAUAUAGGGAUUGUCAUGCUGUUCUCUGAUUGAUUCAUAUUAGAAGUGAGGCAAAACAAAAACAGGGGGGGGGAGAGAAAAAAUUAAUAAAGAUUUACAAAUUUCACCUUCUUAACUAAAAAUACAUUCUCUUCUUUUUGUUUUAUCUUUUGAGUUGUCCUCUUUGAUUCUUUCCUAAUUUACAAAGUAAGAGAGAAACAUCCCUUAAGAAUGGGUAACAAUACCAUCUUUCUUUUAUCAGUAUAUAAUAGUAAAUAUUUGGGGUUAAAGAUGGCCAGGGAAUGGUGCUUAUCUCAUCUGUCUAGUGCUGAAGGCAUCAAAAAGAUGGAACCCUAACAUCCAUCUCCCCCAUUACCCUUGUGGGUUGUGUGUGUAAGCACAGGAAUCUUUAACAUUUUAUAAGAUAGUAAUAAUUUUUGUUGGAGCAAAGUCUGAUUAUUGAAACUGCACUAUUAAAUGUGAUUUGUAUUUUUUGAUAUGUGUACAAAAUUCAGUAAUUCUGCGGCACUCUCCAAAGAAGCUGAUUUCUGUUUAUUGUUAUUCAGCUAGUUGAAUGGCAGGGAAGUUUUUCUCCCUACGAGACAAUGAGGUUCACUUUUUAGCAAGCUUGAGGUUGUAAGUUUAAUAACUGCUAAAAAGAUUCAUACUGUUACAUGUAAUACACAAUCCAAUUACUAUAUUAUUUUCCACAAAAAUGGUACUUCGUAUUUUGCCUAUGACCAUGAGAUUCAUGUGCUAAUCAUGAAGUUUGAAUGAAUAUGAAACUAACCCAAAAUAAAUUCUUUUAAUUUCAUACUCUAUAAUUUACUAACUAUUGGAAGAAAAAAUACAAAAUCUUUUCAGAAGAUUUCGUCAAAAUUAUUUUAAUCUGAUGUUGAAAAGACCAUUGUUUUAAAAUGUAUUGAAUUCAUGUAUUAAAUGUAACUCCUUGAAUUCAUGUUUGCAGGAAGUAAAAUUCACUUUCUCAUGAGAGAUGAGAUGAACAUAUUUUUGGAGCAACUUUAUUUCAUUGCACAUGUAACAUCCCUUGUAAAUCGUCAGUAAUUUUACAGUUUCUUGCAAAAGAAAUGUAAAUAUACCUUCAAAUAUUAAGAAAGUUGGGCAACUUGUGUGUGCAUGUGUUGGUUGAUAAAGAAUGAAUUGCAUCUCCAGUGAAAAAUAUAUAAAUUUAAUACCUAUAGGGAGAGAAGUCAUACAGUGAUACAUUCCAUAAUGUUAUUUCCAUAUCUUUUAAACUUUGAAUUUCUUAGAACUGUGUGAGUGAAGAAAAUGGGUCUCACACAUGGAAUUUCAGAAUUUUAAGUGAGAAAUUUGUGCUGGUGUGUUUAUACUCCGAGUUUUGAUGUGAAGGAAUGUUCCACUUUUGUGGUCAUUUCAGUGUCUUGUGUGCACAGAAACCAUUAUUUUACAUACAUAUUUUGUAAUAAGAGUAUUAUGUAAGUGCAACACUUACACACACAAAGGACCAGACUAUUAUAUUACACUUAAGAAGAACUUUGGCCAUGUAGUUCACAAAAUAGGGCCACAAUAAUCAGCGAUGGUUAAUAUGUAAUUUGUUUGUUAAAUAAAAAUGGUAGGAACAGUGAUAAAUUAAUUUAACUUCUCUAUUAUUUCAAAAUAAUGUAAUUAUAAAAAUAAAAAUUAUUCCGUUUGUUAAUUAGCUAGUAUUACAUUAAGUAGGUAAUGUACAAACACAAGUUUAAAGUUUUCUUUGAAUGUUACUUAAGCCUUGAAAUGUGUGUUAAUAGGUUGUGGUACAAUUUCUUAUUAUUUGAAAUGCAUUCUCCAUUAUCUUUUGUGGACAAAUUUCUGUAAUAUUGCAUUUGGUAGAAAUAGUUUUUUACUCUACUUUUUUGAUGAAUAAUUCUUUUUAGUUCACUGGAUGAGGUUCGUGGAUUAAUUAACUUUCUUAUGUAGUGCAACUUCUUUAAGUUACACACUUCCAAACUCAAUAUGUUAUUAAUUGUACAAAGUUUGUUGUUAACUACAGUCUUUUAGGCUGAAAUUCAUAAUAAGAAUACGAUAUAUUUAUCUGUACUCUUCUUUGUAUUACAAUUGAAUUUGUAUUGACUCUUUAAGUGGAACAUUUUUGUACAUAAUCAUUGUGUGUAUUGUGUAGAUAUGACUUUAUCUACACAUAUGCAUAUGUGCAUUUUCCUCGGUAUAUGUAUUUAGAUAUGAACAUAAAUUGUAAAUGCCUGUGUAAAUGAGUGCAUAAGUGUUCACUUGCAAGAAUAUUUGCAAGCAAACAUACAGAUAACAUUACAUUGUAUGGUUGUUGAUAAUUAAACAUAUAACUAUUACUUAGAUUUGGGCUACUUUUGUUGUGUCUUUCGUCUGUCACAUUAGUACUUGCUUAUUUCCUCAGACGUCAUUGCACAUUCUUGUUUUGGAAAUAAUUUCUGUCCCCCUGAAACAUUGAGAAGUUGAAUGAGAGUGCUAAAUUGUAAUGAACGAAAAUUUUUGUUGUAUCAUUGCUGAGUAAAUUUCAAACUGCUCAGUGUUGCUGUCUGCUAUCAGCUGACUGUAUGUGUUAUAAUGGUAUGUAGUAUUUACCUGCACAGUUGACAUAAAUGACAAAAGUUGGUAUCAAGCACAAGAGACCAUAGGUCUCUGCUAUGUCUCGAGCACAGAAGUGCUACAGACAUUGUGUAUGAGGCACAGUACUUAAUUAUCCACCUCCAGCUGUACAUGUCUCCACCAGCUUGUGAAACUGAAGAUGUGUGCAUGUCUAAGAAAAAUGUGAUCUGGUGAGUGUGUGCUCUUGGUGUUGGUUGUUAUCUCUUUGUUUUAUUUUAUUGUAAUUUUUAUUAUUAAAAAAGAAAUUUAUCUGCUAUGGUCGAAAUAUAACAAGGAGAGCAGACUGUAUCCAAAACAGUUAUUCCUUUGCACAAAACAUGUUAGUAGGUCACAGGUUAUUUAUUACUUCUGUAUCACUUUAAAUGAACUUUAGAAAAAAUAGUAUGAAGUUCCAAAUAACCAAACAAUUGUGAGAUGAAAUAUUGUGUAAUGUUACAUAGCUUGUAGUAUAGUGCUAUUGUGUUAACAACUGUAUUUAGGUGAUACAACAAGGGACUCAGAAAAUUAACCAUAUCAUUCCUUCACUGAUUGUGUAAAGAAGUGAACAUAGCUAUGGAAAUUGUAUUUAAAGACCUGCCCUCGUAUGUGUGAAACUGUUGUGUGCCUAUGAUUUAGGCAUUGUGAUAGGUUAUCCAACUGUAUGAGAGCAAACUUGUGAUAAAUCAACUAGGGCUUUGUAUCAAGUUCACUUUGUUCUGUGUAUUAGAAGACAGUCUUGCUGUUUAUUGCCAGAUUGAAAUUGCUGUCAAAAAAAUAAUAGUUUGUAUAUACACUGUAGUUAUCCUAUUACGUUACUGUCCAUUCUCUUAUGGCCAGUUUGGCACUGGAUUUUGUGUCUAGAUUGGUUUUUCUUUUUCACACACAUACACACACUGUGAUUUUAAUUGUUGACAAUUAACAUGAAUGUAGACAAAUGACUAUUGCGAGGAUGCCAUUGCAAUGUACUUAAUGUGUAUUGUUAAAUUUACCAGUCAUUUCUAAUGCUUACUCAGCCUGCUAUGUUUAUGUCCAUUCAUUAUUUUUAGUUAGACAUAAGGUAUGCAGAAAAUUGACAGUAUUGUAAUUUUCAAUGGGUAUUUGAAUUUUCUUUACUGCUUUGAAUAUUUGUUAUUGUACAAGAGUAUUAAUAAUUUUAAAGGAAGCACAUGUAGCAAAUUAA